AUGCUGGGAUUCCCACCAAAUACUACUGCUUUUUCUUUAUUUGCUGACUUAUUUCGCAGCACUAUUGCAUUGUACCUGACCAUGAGGAAAAUACCUUCAUUUGCUAACGAUACCAAAUACAUUUUCAUUGCAUCUAUAGGCAAUCCUGAGCCUAGUUAUGCAGGAACAAGGCAUAACGUAGGGCAUCGAGUCAUGGACCAUAUAACAAAUAACUAUUGGAAGGACCAUGUUUAUAAGCAAGGACCAUUUUAUUUGUCGACCAAAUAUCCCAAUAUUGUACUUUUCAAAUCGGACUCUACAUUUAUGAAUAUACAGGGGAGGGUUAUCCAAAAACAUUUUAAUCAGCACCCGAAAGGGUCUCAAAUGUUGGUCCUUCAUGAUGAAUUGGAAAGACCAUUGGGUAAGUUUCAGCUACGACAAGCUGGUACUAGUUCAAGAGGCCAUAAUGGACUCAAGUCUAUUGAUGGAUUUUGCAAGAGUUACCAAAAAUUGGGAAUAGGAAUAGGCAAGCCUACUAGCGGCUCUGUUUCAGAUUAUGUUUUGAAAAAAUUUGACAGCCAAAUUGAAAUUGAGGAACUUGAUUUGAAAGUGAUACCAAAAGUAAUAAAAAAGUUAGAAGAAGUUAUUGAAGUAAACUUGCAAAGUCAAGUACAAGUGAAUAACUUGCUGCCCUAUUUCAACAGUUUACCUGAAUGUGUUGGUCAAAUGGAAUUUAGUAUCGAUUUGGUUGCCGAAAGGUCUGUUCUUCGAGAAUCAAUUAAAGGUAUUUUGUGGACAAUAUUCUUUCAUAGAUUGUUUGGGCCUAUUGAGCCAUGCACCACUGAGUUUCUCAACAUCACAUAUCCACAAGCUAAGAAUCUACCGGAUUUGGAGUCUUUAAUGGAUGAAACAAUUGGUAAGUAUAUACGAGUGGUGAUUGGUGAUGUUGAUCGCAAAACACUACCGAUUAAAGGAAUUAUAAAGAUUGAAUUUUUGAGAGUUACCAGUAGUUUAUUAGGAAGAGGAACAAGAAACUAUAAUAGUGGUAGUAAUUAUGGUGGCGAAGGUGGCGGAGGUGGUGGAGAUGGUAGAUUCAGUCUUAGAGGAACUACAAAGGGUGGUGUAGUUGGCGAAGGAAAUCAAGUUGGAUCCGGUGCCACAACUGGUGGCCGGAGUCAAUUGCAAACUAUCAAGAGAAAAAGCAGUGGAUGGUUUGGAAGUCGAAGUCGAAGUGGCAGUACUGGUGGUGCUAGUGGUGAUCACAAUGAAAUACGAUCUACUGGCCAAAAAGAUGAUAGAGAAGGUGGUCUUAGUGUAUGGGAAACGUGGACUCUAAACAUUGAAUGCUUGCCCAUUGAGGAACGACAAAGUAUUACUGGUGGUGUUGGUAGAGGCGGUAGUAGUAGUAAUAGUAGUGGUACUAGCACAGGCGCGGGCGCAAAAGCAAAUUCCACCGGAAGCCAGAAUAGUGAUAAACCAAGGCGAAGGAGGACCAGCACGGAAUACUCUAGAGCCGUUGAGUUGUCUAUGAAGAGUUUUGAGGAAUGUCUUUUGAAGAUAUACGAUAUUGUUGAUCGCGAGAAAGAUCAUAUCCCACCGAUAACUACACUUGACACUGCGCCAUUUCCCUAUAAGAUCGAGAUUGUACUGACCGAAAAUAGUUCGCAGCAGCAGCAGCAGCAACAAGAACAACAACAACAACAACAACAGGGUGGUGUUGAUGAAGGGUGGGGCACAUAUAUUAAAAAGAUACUAGACUAA